AUGGCGCACGGGGAAGUCGAGCUUCGUCCCCCCUUCUCUGCUCCCCGCAAUGGCUCUGGCUCUGGCGACACAAUCAAACCCAAACUCAACAAAAUCAGCUCGUUUAUAACUCAAUCCGAAGACAAAGGUGCAGCCCAAUCCAUGCUCCACGCAUGUGGCAUCACGGUGGAAGACUUUGACAAGCCUCAAGUCGGAAUCUCUUCCGUUUGGUGGGAAGGCAACCCUUGCAACACCCACCUACUUGAAUUCGGACGCAAGAUCAAACAAGGAUGCGAAGCGGUAGGUUUGGUGGGUUUACAGAAUAACACCGUGGGCGUGUCGGAUGCGAUUACGAUGGGAGGUUAUGGUAUGCAAUAUUCUCUUCCCUCUAGGGAGUUGAUUGCUGAUUCGAUCGAGACGAUUACCAUGGCUCAGUAUCAUGAUGCCAACGUCUCGAUUCCAGGUUGUGAUAAAAAUAUGCCUGGAGUCCUAAUUUCGGCGGCCAGACACAACAGACCUACCAUUGUAGUGUACGGAGGAACGAUUCAGCCAGGGAAGCAUGGUAUGGACGUUCCUGGGCUGGGGAGGAAAAAGGGCGAUCCAUGCAAUGUUGCAGAUAACUUCGAAGCAACCGGUGCAUAUGCAAAGGGUCUCAUUACGCCGGAAGAGCGGGUUGAUUUGAUUAGGAACGCUUGUCCGGGUCCAGGUGCUUGUGGAGGUAUGUAUACGGCUAAUACUCUGUCGACUGCGAUUGAGGUUAUGGGUAUGGGUCUGCCGAUGACGUCGAGUAUUCCUGCUGUGUAUCCGGAGAAGCUGCAAGAAUGUCUUCGUGUGGGAGGAUACAUCAAGAAUCUUCUCGAGAAGGACAUUAAGCCGCUGGACAUCAUGACGAAGGAGACGUUUGAGAACGCGAUCACGAUGACCCACAUCAUGGGUGGUUCAACGAAUGCGGUUCUCCAUCUCAUCGCUGUCGCUCGUGCUGCUGAGGUCGAUAUCACCAUCGAUGACUUCCAAAGGAUCGGUGAUAAGACUCCCAUGCUGGCCGACGUCAAGCCUUCGGGCAAAUACUACAUGGAGGACAUUCACAAGAUCGGUGGUGUUCCUCGAGUUCUCAAGUAUAUCCUCGACAACACCGACCUCCUCCACGGUGAUGUUAUGACGGUCACGGGCAAAACAAUGCGGGAGAACCUCGCCGAAGUAGAACCACUCGAAUUCGAAACGCAAGACAUCAUCCGACCUCUUAGCAACCCUAUCAAAGCUACAGGCCAUCUCACUAUUAUGCGUGGCUCUCUGUGCCCCGGUGGUGCAGUAUCCAAGCUCACUGGUAAAGAAGGUCUUACUUUUGACGGAAACGCUGUUGUGUUCGAUGACGAGUUUGGUGUUACCGACGCUAUCGCUGAAGGUAGGGUUAAAGCAGGUAGUGUGGUGGUGAUCAGAUAUGUCGGACCAAAAGGAGGGCCGGGUAUGCCAGAGAUGUUGGGUCCUACUGGUGCAAUUAUGGGUGCUGGGCUGGGUAAGAGUGUUGCGCUGAUUACAGAUGGUCGUUUCUCCGGUGCUUCUCAUGGAUUCUGUACCGGUCAUGUUGUGCCGGAGGCCGCUGAGGGUGGUCCAAUCGCACUUGUACAAGAUGGCGACAGGAUUACCAUUGACGCUAACACAAGGGAGAUCAACUUGCACAUCAGCGAAGAGGAGAAGCAGAAGAGGAAGGAAAAGUGGGUUAAGGAGAAGAAGGGAAAGCAUAUCAAGCACAAGCGUGGUUGGUUGUACAAGUUCGCUCGAGACGUACAGAACGCUUCGGAAGGAUGUAUUACUGAUCGUGACUUGUUCUGA